AAUUUUUUGCUCUGCUGCUCCAUGCGAUGAGCUAAGGCCUCGCAGCUGCAUAGGUUAUGCGCUCAGAAACCCAUCUCGGAUAUCUACUGAGGGUGACUCAGCUGUAGAGACAAAUGCUUUUUGCGGAAAGGAUCACGAAUGCGUUAAGAAAUCGGAGUGUAAAAGUGAGAGGGUUAACCAGCAUAACGAGCAUUACGAAAUUACCUUUCGGACAGGCAUGAAUGGGCCUAACUUUUGUGGUAAUUUGGAAACCUGCUGUCAUAAAUCUGAUAAGAUUUUACGAACUGUGGUAGAGGCCAAGAUAUCAGGAUGCGGCUUAAGGCAUAUUAACGGCCUCAGUAAAACCUUAAAUUAUGAUACGAACCUGGAAGCGCAGUUUGGUGAAUUCCCCUGGAUGGCGAUUAUUUAUUCGAGUUCCACAACACCGUUAAACUAUAUUGGAGGUGGUUCCAUUCUAGCUCCUACCAUUGUGCUAACAGCAGCACAUAAGGUUAUAAGCCUAAGAGCAGACCAGCUAACGGUCAGCGCGGGUGAAUGGGAUAUGAAAUCCGUUAAGGAACCAUAUCCACAUUUGAAUCGUAAUGUCUCGCAAAUUAUCACUCACGACGGCUACUCUCAUGCAACCAAUAAUAUUGCCCUGCUGGUUUUACAAUUCAGCUUCAGCGGAAUGCCAAACAUCUCACCCAUCUGCUUGCCCAAUGUCCACGAGAGUUUCGACAAUAUGCGCUGCAUUGUCACCGGCUGGGGCGCAAGGACCACAAAUACCUCCAUUUCUCAAGGAAUUCUUAAGAAGAUCAUUUUGCCCGUCCUGCCUCGAGUCGAAUGUCAGAAUAAGCUGAGUAAAAUGGGUAUGGAUCCCAUAUACUUCGAUCAGAGCUCCAUUUGUGCUGGCGGCGAGAAGGACGUGGACACCUGCAACGGCGAUGGAGGAUCUCCUCUCGUCUGUCCCAUCCGAGGUCAUCCCAAUCGCUUUUACCAGGCGGGCAUUUUGACCGGGGGCAUCGGUUGCGGGUUGGAGGGUAAUCCUGCACUAUAUACUAAUGUAGCGCAUCUUAUGCCAUGGAUUAACCAACAACUAGACAAAUUGGGCAUACCCAGAUCAUUGUACACUUUGUAAUUUAUUUGUGAUUUUAUGAUUUAC